AUGUGGCGCCAUCAUGUAUCUUUUGAAGGGUCCUCAAGCUGGCACCUUUACCAGUCAGCCUGCAGCAAAACAAUGGCAGCAAAAGAUGAAGUCACUCUUCAUCAGUAAGAGCUCAAGCUUCUCAUGCCGUGGCGUGAUUACUGGUGACCCAUACAUUCCUGUCAAUGUAGUAGGAGUGCCUGAUGAAGUAGCAAGAAGAAUGUCAGUACAAGAGCGUGUCACAGACCACAACAUCGCUUGGCUGCAAGGCAUGAUGGAUAAAGGACUGUGCCUGACAUAUGAAGAUGCUAAUUCCCUCACAUACUCCUUGGAUGUGGGGAAAGCGAAUAAGAAACAGACCAUAUUGAAGGUUGGUGAAACUGUCAGCAGAAGAACUCUAGAUGGAGAUAUCGUAUUUAUCAACAGACCACCAAGUACUGACAAGCACUCGGUCCAAGCAAUGUAUGUCCAUGUACACACUGAUCACACCAUCAAGAUCAAUCCGCUCAUUUGUGGCCCACUUGGAGCAGAUUUCGACGGUGACUGUGUCCACAUCUUCUUCACACGGUCAUUUUCAGCAAGGGCUGAAGCUACAGAGCUCUUCGCUGUGGAGAAGCAGCUUCUGUGCUCCCACAACGGGAAGUUCAAUUUUCAGCUUAAGAAUGAUUGCUUACUAGCUGUAAAGAAAAUUUCUGAUGGAAAGUAUUCCAGAAGGGAGGCCAGCCAACUUAGAAAUGCAAUGUUCGCGGCAGGAAUGACUCCCCAGAAGAAACUACCAGACGUACCGAACUGGACUUUCAGUCAGAUUCUAGAGACGUUACUGCCAGAGGAAGCCAACGGGCUAGUCAGAGACUUGGUUACUGGCACUGUCACAAUCUCAUCAGUUCUAUCUAUGAAGAAUCCAAGGGAGGCCAUAGAAUUUCUGAAUCUUCUGCAGCCCCUACUAAUGGAAUCACUAUUUGCUGAUGGUUUCAGCAUGAGCCUGACAGACUUCAAUGUCCAAAAUCCAAUACUGAAGACAACUCAGAACAGGUCACUUGAGCUCGACAAGUUCCGAAAUCCAAUUGUGGACUUCAUUGCUUCUUUUUCUGACCUUCGUUUUCUGGUUGAUCCACAAAGUGAUUCUGCCAUGAACAAAGUAGUGGAGCAGAUUGGUUUCUUGGGUCGUCAGCUUCAGUGCAAUGGAAGACUGUACUCUAGAAGCUUAGUGGAGGAUUGCUUAUCCAACCGUCCCAGCAGCACUAAUGAUUGCCACCCUUUGGAGGCACAUGGUUUUGUUAGGAGCUCAUUUUACCAUGGACUGAACCCAUAUGAGGACCUACUCCAUUCAAUAUCUGUAAGGGAGAAGAUAAUACGCGCAUCUAAAGGACUUGUGGAGCCAGGCAGUCUUUUCAAGAACCUGAUGGCAAUACUCCGAGAUGUCGUAGCAUGCUAUGAUGGAACCAUAAGAUAUUCGUGUGGAAAUUCAGUUGUCAAGUUUGACUCGCCAAAUUCAUCAAGUUCUGUGAUACCAGGAGAUCCUGUUGGUAUCUUGGCUGCCACUGCAGUUGCAAAUGCUGCGUACAAGGCAGUGUUAGAUCCAAAUCAGAACAACAUGACCUCAUGGGACUCAAUGAAGGAAAAGCCCGAUGCUGAACAGAAGGGUGAAUUGGCAUUGGAAAUCAUAGUAGAAAAAGCCUCAAUUGGAGAGAAUGGUGAUGCCUGGGGAACAGCAAUGGACGCAUGCAUCCCUGUGAUGGAUCUGAUCGACACUUCCAGGUCUGUCCCUUACAGCAUCCAACAAGUUCGGCAACACCUUUCCAAGGCAGUUGGAAUGAUAACAAAAUCAGUUUUUGAGGAGCACCUGACAACUGUUGCAAGCAGCAUGACCUGCACUGGUAACUUGCACGGUUUCAACAUCUAUGGUUACAAGGCCACAUUCAAGUCCCUUAAGGUUCAGGCACCCUUUAUGAAAGCUACACUCUCUAGACCAAUCCAAUGCUUUGAGGAGGGUGCUGGGAAGUUCUACUCUGAUCAGCUGGAUACUGUGGUGUCCACCUGCUCUUGGGGCAAGCGUGCACCAAUUGGAACUGGUUCAGCCUUCGAAAUCCAAUUGAAUGAUGGGAAACUGUCAGCGGGAAAUGGGAACCUCGGUGGGUAUAACUUAUAUGAAUUCCUCGCAGCAGUAGAAACAACAGGAGUCACUGAAGACUUGGCAAUUGUCCCCCAUGAUUCCUGCUUGUAUGAUGUUGACAACCUUCAACAGGAUGAACUUGAAGAGGAUGAGAUGUUAUGUAUGGGAGGAAACACUCCAAUCUCUUGGACAGACAAACCAAAAGCUGAUUUUCUGCUGCAUGAUCUUCAGGGUAGGAGAACUGGACGAGAACAAAAUACAAGGCAAACUAAUAAUAACUGGAGCUCAGUUGGAAACUGGCAAACUUAUCAGAGAAGGCAACCUAAGAGUAGCUGGAGCUCAGAUUCAACACAGCAAGAUGGUAAUCAGAAUUGGAACAACACUGGAGCAAAUUUUACAGGACCGCAAAGUUUUGCCAUUACAGAAGCAUCUAGCGAUGGUGGAUGGAACAGGAAGACUGGUAAUCUUGGUCGAGGUGGUGGUAGAGGAGCAGUCUGGAACUCAGAGGGACCACGACAUGGAGGUAGUAACAGCAGGUGGAAAGCCCAGAGAGCAAAUACCACAGAUGCACCGAACUUUGCCUUUUCAGGACCGUCUAACUCUGGUGGAUGGAACACGAAUCCUGGUAAUCUUGGUCCAGGUUGUGGUAGAGGAGCAGCAUGGAAAUCAAAUGGAUCACGUCGUGGAGGUAGCAACAGUAAGAAAGGGAAAGGCCAGAAGAACAGCAGUGCUGGACAAGGAGUUCGUGCUAAUUUUACUCUGGUGGAGCAGCAGAUACACGCUCAAAUCGAUCCCAUCAUGAAAGAAGUACAGAGGGUAAUCCGUGAAUCAAGGUAUAGUUUCUAGCUCAACGCAACUAAAAAAAAGUACAAGUACUGAAAACUAGCUACAAUUCUACAGGGACUAAGCUGGUAGAUAGUUGAUAAGAUGAAA